CUCCCAAAACUAAACAUCGCAUAUUAAUACUGCAGUAUUUAGAAUCAAAAACAAGCUAAGAGACUGCAGGGCAGUUGGGGGCCGCGCAGAAAUCGAAAUCCAGCUAUAAUUUACGGCCUGUCUGUGUGUGUGCGCUGUUUUCUCCCAUACAAUUUCGCUGAGGCAGCAGCUGUAAUUCUUUGCAAUUAGCAACAAAACAGUAGCAACAACGGAGAUCGCACUGCCCAGCUCCGACGGCGACGGCGACGGCAACACUGACAUCAACAAAGCAAGCCCCAGCGGGACGCGACGCGAGCCGUACUGGACUGCAUGCACGGCGGAACAGUAAACAGAUCCGAAGAAGCCCCCUGACGAGUCCCAUUACUCGAGCACUGGAGUGGGCAGCUCUGCUGUCGGCUGUAGGAGGAGGUUUCAUUUCAGGAAAUUCCAAUACUCUAAAAAUUAAAUAGACAGCAUGACUUCGUCGUCCGCGCCUGGCCGUAAACAGCCCACAGCCGUGUCGCGCAUGAAGCAGGACUAUAUGCGCCUGAAGCGCGAUCCCUUGCCGUACAUCACAGCCGAGCCGCUGCCCAACAACAUACUGGAGUGGCAUUACUGCGUGAAGGGGCCUGAGGACUCGCCCUACUAUGGCGGCUACUACCACGGAACACUGUUGUUUCCACGCGAGUUCCCCUUCAAGCCGCCAUCUAUCUACAUGACGACCCCAAACGGACGCUUCAAGACCAACACUCGACUGUGCUUGAGCAUAUCAGACUUUCAUCCGGACACCUGGAACCCCACUUGGUGUGUGGGCACCAUUCUGACGGGUCUGUUAAGCUUCAUGCUGGAAAGCACUCCAACUUUGGGUUCCAUUGAGUCAUCGAACUACGACAAGCAAGUGUUUGCUCAAAAGUCGCUAGCAUUUAACCUCCGCAACACAAAUUUCUGUGAGCUCUUUCCCGACAUUGUCGAGGAGAUAAAGCAGCGGCUACAGGGCACCCAGGCGGCAUCAGCGGGUGGUGCUGCCACCGCAUCCACAUCGGACGCAUCGAAGCGCGCCAAUGGCAUGGCCAACGGAGGAGCUGCGCUCGCCAAUCCAAACCAGCCAGCCAACGCGGCCUACUUUCAGGAUGGCGCGAACGGCAUCGAUGGCGCUGAUGCUCUUGCCAGGGAGGUGGCCAAUAGUGUAGCGCCAUUGCUGGACAGCCCGCGCAAUUCCUAUCUAAAUUGGCAGUCUGUCUAUUCGAACCUGGUGAUCGUCAUCUGCUUUGCGAUAUUUGCCCUUAUUGUUAAUUACGUGAUCAAAAACCUGAAUCAGGAAUAGAAUUAACUACUAUA